CCCGUACUGCACUGACUGACUGAAGGGGACCCAACAUGGCGGACUACUCACUGGGGGGCAGUUAGCAGUUAAUCUGAGAAAGCAAAGCGAGACGUCGGAGGGAAUGAAUGAAUGAGCAAAUAGCGUUAUAAUGUAAAAGCGUAACCUCGAAGUAAUUACACGACUACAGUUUGUUGGUUUGCAUAUACUGUUUUUGGGGGGAUAUAAUGCAUGAAUAACCAGUAAAAGGAGGAGAGAGAAGAGUGUUUCUCUCCGCGGCCCAGAGCCAGAACAUGGCGGAACACUAGCUAAUGCUAAGCUAAUGCUAAGCUAAUGCUAACUAGCUAUCUUGGACGUAUUAUUAUCAGACACAAUUAAGAAAGUCCAGGUUUAAAACAGUUGUCUGGCGGGUUUGCUAGUGUUAAAUAAUGUUAUCGGUUCACAUUAAUGCUUCAAAAGGAGUUGUUUAUAAUAUUAAAAACAUGGAGCAGUUAGCAUCUAGCUAGCUAACUCGUUAGCUUGUCAAGCUAACUGGCUAACCGUUAGCGUACAAACUGUUCUAAUAAGCUAUCAGCUUGUUUUUUAGGGUGGUUAGAGCUUAUUGUGAAUACUCCUCUCUCUUUUAACUGUAUGUUAGGACUUCUUAAUGUCUGCCAGCUCUUUGUUUUGUUUAUUAACACGUUAGUUAGUUAGCAAACAUCAAUGCCCUCCGCACUGUACAUUAAGACGAGCUUGCUACAAUGGUCUGUGAGCUGAUUUUGUGUGGCGAGAUAAAGUUUUGAGGUAUUAGAGAUCAGAUAUUGUAGUUGUUACUGCAUAAAAAGAUAGAGGGGGAAUAUCCCUGGAUACUAUACAUUAAGACUAGUUGAGAUUAACUUGCUAUAAUGGUCUGUAAGCUGAUUGAGAUAAAGUUUUGAGGCAGCUCUUAUUAGAGAUCAGAUAUUGUAUUUGAUAGGGGGAUCUAACUGGAUACUAGUCCAGGUUUGACCCCCUGACACUAGCAUUGUAGAAGUGAUUGGGUGUAAAAUAUUGAAGUUGUGGCGUUGCUAGGUGAAGCAGACACCCUGUAAAAAAAGACCAAGAAGGUCCCAGAAGAGGGUGGGGGGAAACCUGGUCACAACAAACUACCUUUUUGCCAGGAUGACGGACACUCGUCGACGAGUCAAAGUCUAUACCCUCAAUGAGGACAGACAGUGGGAUGACCGUGGGACCGGGCACGUCUCCUCGGGCUAUGUGGAGAGGUUGAAAGCCACGUCUCUUCUGGUGCGAGCAGAGAGUGAUGGUUCCCUACUGUUGGAGUCCAAAAUCAAUCCAAACACAGCCUACCAGAAACAACAGGACACAUUGAUAGUAUGGUCGGAGGCAGAAAAUUAUGAUCUGGCACUCAGCUUCCAGGAGAAGGCUGGCUGCGAUGAAAUCUGGGAGAAAAUAUGCCAGGUGCAGGGAAAGGACCCGUCAGUGGACAUCACCCAGGAUGUGGUGGACGAGUCCGAGGAGGAGCGCUUUGACGACAUGUCGUCGCCAGGUCUGGAGUUACCGCCGUGUGAACUGAACCGCUUGGAGGACCUGGCAGAGCUGGUGGCCUCCUCACUCCCGUCCCCACUGCGGCGCGAGAAACUGGCACUGGCCGUGGAGAACGAGGGCUACAUUCGCAAGCUGCUGGAACUGUUCCGUGUGUGUGAGGAUUUGGAGAACAGAGAGGGACUGCACCACCUGUAUGAGAUCAUUAAAGGCAUCUUCCUGCUCAAUCGUACUGCACUCUUUGAGGUUAUGUUCUCCGAGGAGUGCAUCAUGGACGUCAUUGGUUGUCUGGAGUUUGACCCAGCACUCCCGCAGCCACGGCGGCAUAGGGAGUUUCUAACUAAGACAGCCCGCUUUAAGGAGGUGAUCCCCAUCUCUGAUCCUGAACUGCGUCAAAAAAUACAUCAGACGUAUCGGGUGCAGUAUAUUCAGGACAUGGUGCUGCCCACGCCCUCUGUUUUUGAGGAAAACAUGCUGUCCACCCUGCACUCCUUCAUCUUCUUCAACAAGGUGGAGAUUGUGGGCAUGCUACAGGACGAUGAGAAGUUCCUGACAGACCUCUUUGCACAGCUAACAGACGAGGCUACAGAUGACGACAAAAGACACGAACUGGUGAACUUCCUAAAGGAAUUCUGUGCAUUCUCACAAACGUUACAACCUCAAAACAGAGACGCCUUCUUCAAGACAUUGUCAAACAUGGGCAUUCUACCUGCACUGGAGGUCAUACUGGGAAUGGAUGACGUUCAGGUGCGUGGGGCAGCCACAGAUAUUUUCUCUUAUCUGGUGGAGUACAACCCCUCCAUGGUACGAGAGUUCGUCAUGCAGGAGUCUCAGCAGAAUGAUGACGACAUCCUCCUGAUCAACCUGAUCAUAGAACACAUGAUCUGUGAUACAGACCCAGAGCUAGGUGGAGCGGUGCAGCUGAUGGGUCUGCUACGGACUCUGGUGGACCCUGAGAACAUGCUGGCUACUGCAAAUAAAACAGAAAAGACAGAGUUCCUGAGCUUCUUCUAUAAGCACUGUAUGCACGUCCUCUCAGCUCCACUACUGGCCAACACCACAGAGGAUAAACCUAGCAAAGAUGAUUUUCAAACAUCACAGUUGCUGGCGUUGAUUCUGGAGCUGCUGACAUUCUGCGUUGAGCACCACACCUAUCACAUAAAGAACUACAUCAUCAACAAGGACAUUCUCAGGAGGGUACUGGUGCUCACUGCCUCUCAGCACGCCUUCCUGGCACUAUGUGCGCUACGCUUCAUGCGGCGGAUCAUUGGUCUGAAGGAUGAAUUCUACAAUCGCUACAUCAUGAGAAACUUUCUCUUCGAGCCGGUCAUCAAGGCCUUCCUCAACAACGGCUCACGCUAUAAUCUCAUGAACUCGGCCAUCAUUGAGAUGUUUGAGUAUGUCCGUGUGGACGUGAAGUCUCUCACAGCUCAUAUAGUAGAGAACUACUGGAAAGCUCUGGAGGAUGUUGACUACGUCCAAACGUUCAAGGGCCUAAAGCUGCGGUAUGAACAGCAGCGAGAGAGGCAAGACAACCCCAAACUGGAUAGCAUGCGCUCCAUCCUGAGGAACCACCGCUUCCGUCGUGACGCACGGACACUGGAGGAUGAAGAGGAGAUGUGGUUUAACACGGAUGAGGAUGACCUCGAGGAUGGUGAGGCAGUGGUUCCUCCCUCGGACAAGAUGAAGCCUGAGGAAGACCUCAUGGAACCUAUAAGCAAGUUCAUGGAGAGAAAGAAAUUGAAAGACCCCGACGAUAAAGAAGUACUGGGGAAGUCGAGCUUAUCGGGCAGGCAGAACCCCAGCUUCAAGCUCUCCUUCUCUGGCUCCACUAAAACCAGCCUGUCCAGUCCUCCUUCAUCUGCCUCAUUGAACCCAGGUUCUCCGGGAUCACCGGGUUCUCCAGGCUCAGGGGCACGGAGCUCACCCUCCACCACAACUGUAACCACAAAGGGAGGUUUAGUUGGACUGGUGGACUAUCCUGACGACGACGACGAUGAGGAGGAAGAAGAGGAGGAGGAAGGGGAGAGUAAAGAGGACCCUCUGCCACCUUCGAAGAAGUCCAAGCUGAGUUCCUAAAGAAGCUCCACUGUCCCAGCUUGUGCUCUGCUCGGGACAGUUUCAGCGCCUAGACUUUACACAGGAAUGAUCAAACUUGUAAACAAAUUGAAUGAAUGCGAGCCACCCCUCGCCGUCAGCGGGUGGCCAAACGAGGAGCAGACUGUGAACGGAUACGAAGCCUCCUCAGACUAGCCCACUUCAUACAAGUGCCAAUCAGGAAACCAGGAGUGAGAAAGCGUCUGUAACAUGGAGCAGACGCGUGAAAGUUGGGGGAGAAAAAGAUCACACUCGGUAGAUCGUCAGCAGACUCAGACAGCAUGAGACGGGUUGGUUAUUUAGCAACUGGAGGAAAAGACCACAUACAAAAACACAUGUACACGCAGCAGACUGAAAUCCCAGAGAGCUCGCAGGCUCGGACCAUAACCCACUGCCCCCCCGCCCCCCACUCAGGGAAGGACAUCACAGCGGCCCAAAUGGGUCGGCCAAUUCAGACCCAGAACCACCACUCGCACCCCCAUCCUUCUCCUCACCUUCCUCCUUGUUUCUUUCUACUUCUUUUUCUCCUCUGCUCUCUCCCUUUCUCUGUCUGUUGCUUUUUGUCCCUUUUUUCUUUUUAAGUUAGUAUAUAGGACCAGACGGGAGGCAGCAUGUGGCAAAGAGCUGUCCUUGUUGUCGUUUGAUGAUGUCAUCAGUGUCGUCGUUCCUCAGCGGACGUUCUUUCUCUGAAGAGAAAAAAAAGCCAGCAGUUAAUUCAUUGUUUUCGUUUCGUUCUCUAUUCGUCUCUCGAUCUUUCUCCUGUUUUUUGUAAAUGACGACAAAAAAGACCUGCCUUUAAAUGUUCAGGACGUUUUCAGUCACACUUGAACAGGUUUUUAAAGACCUCAGUAGGUGAGCUAGUUUUACCCUUUUUGCCCUUUGAAACUGCAGAUUUUUUGGAGAAUUUGUAAUCCCGUCUUGAUUAAAGAUUGAGUGGAAUUCUAGAUGUGAUGAAUUUUGUCAUAUCUUUUCUUUUCUUUUUUUUUCCUUUUACAUGAGUGUACACUUAGUUGUUCAGAAUAUUUGGGACCAUUAAAAUGAUCUUUGCUGUAAGAUGUCCUAAUAA